AUGCUGCUCCGCCGGCUGCCCCGAGCCCGCGCCCCGCCGCGGCGGCUGCGCCCCCGCCCGCCUCCCGCCGCGCGCUCCGUGGUGACCUCCGUGCCGCUGUCCCACGGCGAGGAGCGGGGCCGCGCGGACCGGGCGCCCCUCGUGCUGCUCCACGGGCUCUUCGGCAGCCGCGCCAACCUGCACGCGGUGGCCAAGGCGCUGGUGCGCGGCGGCAGCGGCACGGUGCUGACGCUGGACGCCCGGAACCACGGCAGCAGCCCCCACAGCGCGCUGAUGACCUAUGAAGUGAUGAGCCUGGACGUGCAGCACCUCCUGACUCGCCUGGGCAUCACCAAGUGCAUCCUGCUGGGACACAGCAUGGGGGGCAAGACGGCCAUGACCCUGGCCUUGCAGCGGCCAGACCUGGUGGAGCGCCUCAUCUCUGUCGACAUUGGUCCCACCUCAACCGCACCCGUCUCCGAGUUCUCUGCCUACAUCUCUGCUAUGAAGUCAGUGAAGAUCCCGGAUGGUCUGUCUCGCUCUGCAGCCCGCCAGCUGGCUGACCAUCAGCUGCGUCCGGUGGUCCAGCACGCGCAGCUGAGGCAGUUCUUGCUCACCAACCUGGUAGAGGUGGAGGGCCACUACGUCUGGCGAGUGAAUCUGGACGCUAUUUCCCAGCACUUGGUAGAUAUCAUGAACUUCCCCGUCUUCCACAAGUCGUAUCCUGGCCCUGCACUCUUCUUGGGAGGAUCUGACUCACCUUAUAUCAGGUCCGAAGACUACCCGGAAAUCCAGCGCCUCUUCCCCAAAGCUGAUAUCCAGUACAUUGCAGGGGCAGGCCACAUAGUCCAUCAGGAUAAAUUUGGGGAAUUCAUCACUGCUGUCCUCAAUUUCCUGCCACCACCAUAGUGCUGGGACCAGGUUCCUGCAAGCCCCAUGUGGGUCCUGAGAUGCUCCAGGCAGUGCUGCAGGGCUCUGGGCUCUGCGAGGAGGGAUUCAGCCUGUGCUGGCUGCCCACCUGCAGCCC